AUGCCAGGCUUCGACUUCUCAAACUACAACCGCAAUGCGGCUCUCCACGCCCGCGGAGUCCCUCUUCCCAAGGCCACCAGCACUGGAACGACUAUUGUUGGAUGCAUAUUUGAUGGUGGUGUUGUGAUUGCUGCCGAUACUCGAGCCACAUCCGGUCCCAUUGUCGCCGACAAGAACUGCGAGAAGCUUCACUACAUCUCGCCUCAGAUCUGGUGCGCUGGUGCCGGUACCGCCGCUGACACAGAGUUCACCACCGCCCUCAUCUCUUCUCAACUCGAGCUGCACUCCCUAUCCACAGGUCGCAAGCCCCGCGUUGUCACCUGCAUGACCCUCCUGAAGCAGCACCUCUUCCGCUACCAGGGCCACAUCGGUGCCUACCUGGUUGUUGCUGGCGUCGACCCUACUGGCACCCACCUCUUCACUGUCCACGCUCACGGCAGCACAGAUAAGCUUCCCUACGUUACCAUGGGCAGUGGUAGCUUGGCAGCUAUGAGUGUGUUUGAGACGCAGUGGAAGCCCGAUCUUAACCAGGAGGAGGCCGUGAAGCUGGCGAGCGACGCCAUUCUUGCUGGUGUCUGGAACGAUCUGGGCUCGGGCUCAAACGUGGACGUGGCGAUCAUCACCAAGGACAAGACAACACUCAAGAGAAACUACAUCAAGCCCAACGAGAAGGAUCCCAAGCUUCAGAGUUACCGUUUCCCCAAGGGCACGACGGCGGUGCUGAACGAAAAGAUCAUCAAGAGGGACGAGAUCAAGCGAUAUAUUAGCGUGGAAGACGUACCCGUGGAGGAGAAAAUGGACGUUGACAGCUAA